UAAGUGUGUGUGUGUGUGUGUGUGUAUAUACGUGAGUGUGUGUGUGUUUGUGUGUGAGAGGAAGAGAGAACGAGAGAGGCGAGAGGGGCGAACGCGUGGAUACUACUCCACGAGCCUGGAUGUGUUUGUCGUCAGCAGAGGAGCACACACACACACACGCCGAGAGACUGGAACGGACACAAACUGCUGACUGAACUGCAGGCAGACACCGGGGCAGAGUGCGAGGGAGUAAGCAGACAAGACUCACGCGACCUAACUGACCGGGCCCAUGGCGAGCAAUAACACAGCCAGCAUCGCACAAGCCAGGAAACUGGUGGAACAGCUGAAGAUGGAGGCCAACAUUGACAGGAUAAAAGUGUCAAAAGCAGCAGCAGACUUAAUGUCGUACUGCGAAGCCCACGCCAAAGAGGACCCGCUGUUGUCGCCGGUGCCAGCGUCGGAGAACCCGUUCAGGGAGAAGAAGUUCUUCUGUGCCAUCCUGUAAACGCUGCGUGGCCCUUCAGCAGUCUGCUCCUUGUGGGACUUGAACGCCGACGUUCAAAAUACAUAGAAAUCUUCUAAGCAGGAGGGCAUGGCGAUUACAGCCCCCCUUUUCUCCAACGGCACCUAAAGAGUGCAAUUUCAAACCCGCCGAGUUAACAUGUAACCAUUUGAGGGGUUUUGUUGUGAUUGCUUGUGGAGGGGGUGUGCAGCAUGUUGAAGGGAUGUGUGCUUUUAGAUGACACAAAAGGGAUAAUGAGUGUGAUGAUAAACCCAGAGACAUGAUGGACAACCCGUAAACAAACCGAGUCUUCAGGUUGUGAUGUGUACAAAAAAAAAAAAAAAAAAAAGACAAAUUAAUAAGAAUAAAAAAUAUUUUGGAUCCUCUGUUAAAUGGUUUGUUGGUGGGUCGAGCACUGUAGGACGAUAAACAAAAAACGCGCCUACCACUAGACCCCACCUGAUUAUUGGAAUGUUUUUUUUUAGUUGUUUAUUUUAUGCUUAUUUCAACUUUACCUGUUACUUAGAUAGCUUUCUAUAACUGUGAUUACUGAAACAGCUCUGUUAACUUUUUUUUUUUUUUUUUUU